AUGGCCACCCAAGCCAAGUACGCACAUCUACUCCCGCCGUCAUGGAAGCAUGUGGUGCAAGACUGGCUCCGAGAAGACUGCCCAGCCUUUGAUUGGGGUGGCUACGUUGUAGGUGAUGCUUUUCGCACAGCGACGCUGUGGUGCAAGCAGGAAGGCGUGCUGGCUGGCGUGCCGUUCGUGGAUGCCAUCUUUGAGCAGUUGCAAUGCGACGUGCGCUGGCUCUUUGAAGAGGGGCGAUACCUGACAGCCAGCGACAAUGUCGAUGACGUGGCCUAUGGCACGGUCAAAAUCGCUGUGGCGCAAGUUUCGGGGCCUGUGCGAAACUUGCUGCUGGGCGAGCGUGUGGCGCUGAACACGCUCGCCCGGUGUUCAGGCAUUGCCACAGCUUCGCGCGAUCUGCUAGAUGCUUCGCGUGCGGCUGGCUUCGAGGGUAUCGUGGCUGGCACCCGCAAGACAACGCCAGGUUUCCGCCUGGUGGAAAAGUAUGGUAUGAUUGUGGGUGGCGUGGAUGCGCAUCGCUAUGAUCUGAGUAGUAUGGUCAUGCUCAAAGAUAAUCACGUAUGGAGCACGGGAUCGAUCACGUCGGCUGUGACUACGGCGCGCCGGGCUGCCGGCUUCUCUAUUCGCAUUGAUGUCGAAGUGCCAUCGUACCGAGAAGCCCGAGAGGCGAUUUGUGCUGGCGCGGAUGUGGUGAUGCUCGACAAUAUGGCCGGAGACGAGCUGGUGCAGACGGCACAGCGCCUCAAGGAAGAACUAGGCAAGGACUAUCAUUUCCUAUUGGAAAGCAGUGGCGGAAUUACCUUAGCCAAUCUCUCGACGGGACAGCGGGUGAACCAUGCCAUUGACAUUAUUUCUACGAGCUCCAUCCAUCAGUCGACACGGCAUAUUGAUUUUAGUCUGAAAGUGGACCACUAG